CCUAUGAAAAACAAGAAGAAGGAUGACACAGAAAAGAUCUGAAAAUAACAAAACCAACUUCUCUUUGUCCCUUCUCUCCCACUUUCCCCUUUCUCUAUUGUAGCCGAAACCCUAAUUAUCUUCGUCUACCCGAUUCUCUCUCUCUCUCUACACACACACACACAGUUCCUUGCUCUUCUCUCAAAAUCUAGGAUUUCUCAGCUUCAGAGUCUCUCCAAUUUCAUUUUCAAGCUACUAUAUGCAGAUAUAAAUAUAGUAGCAACAAAUUGAUAUAUUGUAGAAGAAAUGUAUAGAGAUCGAGGAGGAGGAGGUGGCGGAGGAGGACCGUUGGAUCGGAAACGAAUCAACGAUGCGUUGGAUAAGCACUUAGAGAAGUUAUCACCGUCAACAUCUAGGUCUUUGAAGGAUAAAGCUGUUCCGUCUACCUCCGCCUCCGCCGGUGGUGGUGGUGGAAAAUCGCAUUUUGAUCAUCGCAACACCAGCAAAAAUAAGUGCUCUGAUGAGGAAUCUGAAACGGACAGUGAAGAGUCUGAUGUUAGUGGUUCUGAUGGGGAUGAUACUUCAUGGAUUUCUUGGUUUUGUAACCUGCGUGGUAAUGAGUUCUUCUGUGAAGUUGAUGAUGAUUACAUUCAAGAUGAUUUUAACCUCUGUGGAUUGAGCAGUCAAGUUCCCUACUAUGACUAUGCGCUUGACCUCAUCCUUGAUGUUGAAUCCUCCCAUGAGGAGCAGAAUGAAUUAGUUGAAUCGG